UUUGCUUCGCUGGUCCACAUGAGAAACGUCUACUACAUUCACUUUUGGACAACUACAACAGCCUAGAAAGGCCUGUAGUCAACGAAUCCGAUCCAUUACAGUUAAGUUUCGGCUUAACGCUUAUGCAAAUCAUUGAUGUGGACGAGAAAAAUCAAUUACUUAUCACAAAUAUUUGGCUUAAGCUGGAAUGGAACGAUAUGAAUUUGCGCUGGAACUCCAGUGACUUUGGUGGCGUUAGGGAUUUGCGCAUACCACCGCAUCGACUAUGGAAACCGGAUGUGCUCAUGUAUAAUAGCGCCGACGAGGGUUUCGAUGGUACAUACGCCACAAACGUCGUUGUGCGGAACAAUGGCUCCUGCUUGUAUGUGCCACCUGGCAUUUUUAAGUCAACAUGUAAAAUUGAUAUUACGUGGUUUCCUUUCGAUGAUCAACGUUGCGAAAUGAAAUUCGGUUCAUGGACAUAUGACGGCUUUCAAUUGGACCUGCAAUUACAGGAUGAAGCUGGUGGCGAUAUUUCUAGUUUUAUAACGAAUGGCGAGUGGGAUUUAUUAGGUGUGCCUGGUAAACGAAAUGAAAUCUACUAUAAUUGCUGCCCAGAACCUUAUAUUGACAUAACAUUCGCCAUUUUAAUACGACGAAAAACUUUGUACUAUUUUUUUAAUUUAAUUGUGCCGUGUGUACUGAUUGCCUCAAUGGCAUUGCUAGGUUUUACACUGCCACCAGAUUCUGGUGAAAAACUUUCGCUUGGAGUUACAAUUCUACUAUCGCUAACAGUCUUCCUUAAUAUGGUGGCCGAAACCAUGCCAGCCACAUCGGAUGCAGUUCCACUACUAG